AUGUUCUCUCUCUCUGUUGUCACUCUGACACUGGCUGCCCUUGGCAUCGCCAGUCCCAUUGACGUCAAGCCUCGCCACCACCAGGAAGUCAAACCUCGGGAUCAUGAAGAGAUCCAACCCAGGUCUCACAAUGUCCCAAGCUUCGAGACACUGAAGCGCGAAAUAGCCACCAACGCGGGCUCUGCCAUCUCCAAGAUGAUCCCUGGCGUUGGAAAUGAUUGGGGAUGCAAUCAUAUCACUGCCCCAGAUCCCCUUGACUGCCCAGCCCUUUUCGCAAAGAUACAAUCCGGGCAAAAGGAUGGAGUCACCGUAUCGACCGACAACACUUGCUUCACCCAGACUCAUGGCUCAUGCAAGGCCACCGUCUGCUCAGCUGGUGGAGUUGACAAUGUGGACUAUGCUUUGACAACUGCACGGAUGAUGAACCCUAUUCAAACAACGUGCAUUGAUCGUCGCGACCUUCGUUUGAGACAGUUUGAAGAGGAUCCAACUGACGAGGUCCCCGAGGAGGAGGAGGAGGAGGAGGAGGAGGAGGAGGAGGAGGAGCCGCAGGAUGAAGAUUCGGAGGACGAAGAAGACUCUGAUGAUGACGAAGAAUCUGACGACGAUGAGGACUCUGAUGAUGAUGACGACUCUGACGAUGACGAGGAGGAGGUUGAUGACGACAACGAAGGUGACGGAGAUGAUGAGGGCCCUGAAGACGAAGAAGUCCCCGAGGAUAGCGAGCCUGUCGAAGAGGAGCCUGCUGAAGGGGAAUCUGUUCGGAGACGGAGACGAGUCUGUUGA